AUGUCUGCCUUCGUGCGCCCCUCCGCGCCUCCUCGAAAGUCCCUACGCCCUGUGUCCAAGGACGGUGAGAAGCAGCAGAUAUGGGUGCCCAUGUUGAACAACGCGUCCAAGGGGAAGGAUCUGGCCGAGAAGCAGCUCUUGAUCCUCGGUGGAAGUCCAGAGCAGCAGCAAGAAUUUCUCGAACAUCUCAACCCGGCGCCCUCUCGAAUACGAUUCAACGACAGACAACAAAGCCGUAAGGCACCAAUAUCCAACAGAUACGCCUUGGGCUAUACAUACCACAAUGUGCUGGACGCUGAUCAGGAAGAUGUACUUGCGCGACUCAACAUAUACAUGCUCUCUAAUCCAUCGGCGGCAUUUGCACCACUCCUGAAACCACUCUUCGCCCCACAGACAGCCAAAGAAACACUUGUCACAAUACUGCUGGACUGGUCGGAUCCAUUCAGGUGGGCGAGGCAGCUACGGCAAUGGAUUCGUUUACUGCGCAGAGUAAUAGCCUCCUUAGAUGAUGAAACCAAGAUCGCCCUGGAAGAGAACAUCAACGACUGGAAGGAGAAGCGAGUCGGCGUCCUCCAAGGACCAGGAGAGUGGGACGAAGCACUCGGCGUGCCGCUGUCAGUAGUAUGCAUACAGUCGGAAAAGAGCGAACGACUCGAACGGGAUCUGGGCUGGCACGACGAGCACUUUGACUUCCUCACACAAUGGCUACGCUGUGUUCUGCUGAAGCACGGUGCCUCACUGGUCUAUACUGCCACUUUCGAUCCCAAUAACGUCAGAACACUGCUACACUCGAGCCUAAGUAUACACUCGUUACUGAAGCGAGAAGUGGCCAAGCCGAACUACAUUGAACGAGAGAAAAUCCUCAUACCGCCGAAUUGGGAUUCAUGGGGCAAGAUCAGACCGCUUCGUGAGGGCACAGAUCUCGAGGCCAUAAGCGAAGCUUGGACUGUUGAGAUACAGACCUCUCCAGAAGACGAACCCAACCUCGAUUCGAGUCAGCCGACCACGGAGACAGACACUGCAGUCAGUGUCUACGAGUCCACUCUACCACAACCGCUAGCAGCCACAGCUACCCAGCAAAGCACCACACAAGAGGACGAAACACCCUUAGCCACCGUCCAGGAAUUCCUGGCCUCACAGCUGACCAUAUUGGAGUCACUCAAAGCAGACGAUGAGAAAGCGGCGCGAAAAGCGGCCUCAUCAACCACCAGUCGACGCAUUGCAACGACAGGCACCUCGAGCAUCACCUCAUCCUCAGACGCCGGCCGCAUGGCAGACCAGAUCGGCCCGUAUCAGAUCAAUGUCAACGGUAUUGACUUCGACGCCGAGGAAGCAACCCGACGACUCAAAGAGCGGGAAGCAGAGCGCAACGCGGCGGCUGCGGCUGCGGCUGUCGACGACGCUCCUGUCCAGCAGACACCGGUCAGCAGGGCAACAGCAACAGGCAGUGGCGUGAGUACACCAACUCGGAGGACAGGUGCUGCUGCAAGUGGGGCUGGCGAAGAAGGCAAGGCGAGUAAUGAGGCGAUGAGUGCGUUCUUUCAGAAUCUGAUCAAAAAGGACAGGAGGACUCCUGCUGGCAAUAGAGAUGGCGGCGAACGGCAACCCGAGCAUCGACGGAUUACUUAUGGUCGAUUUCUUUUCCCGCUGCAGCAGUUGAUCAAGCACAAAGCCGUAAGCAAUCAAGGAGCUCCCCUACCCGCCAGCUUUUCAGCGCCCAGCCAUGGCCUCAACACCCCCCUCAACGUUCAUCACCCCCGCCUCCCCCAUCAAACAGUCCACAAUCGACCCCUCGGCCAACCUCCCCCCACAACGCCAAUCCGUCCUGAGCAUGGCACUCUCCCACCCAAGGACUUUGUCUCUUCUAUGCCUGCAAACCUCCCCACCCCACCCUUCAUAUUCGUCCCCGGCAUCCCCAACUUCCGCGACCUCGGCGGCUACGCCUGCCCGCCACCCGCCCAGCUGCACAAUACCUCCAUCAUCAACACCACCGGCACUGCCCCACGCUUCCAGAUCCGUCGGAAUAUUCUGUUCCGGUGCGCGCACCCUACACAGCUCUCUACGCAGGGCCUGAUGGUGCUGGAUCAUUUGGGUGUAACCGACAUCUUCGAUUUGAGGUCUGAGCCGGAGCUGAAGAAAUUGAGUGCGCCGGAGCCAGACGCCGAGACGCCGUUUCUCAAGGCGGGCGAGGGAUGGAUUGAGGUUCCGGGGAUAACGAGGCAUUUCACGCCGGUGUAUCAGAGUGAGGACUAUGGGCCGGUUGCAUUAGCCAAGAAACUCAAAUGGUACACGGCGCCACUGGACGGCAAAGGGGACGGCGAGAAGGACCUGUCGUAUAGUGAGGGGUUCGUGAGUGCGUAUCGGGAUAUUGGUACUUUUGCCGCGACGGGUGGGAGUUAUGCCAAGAUUUUGAGGCAGACGAUACGAGCAAUCGAUGCAGAGGAGCAGCGAGAGAAGGAAGUGGAGGCCAAAGUGGCGGCAGAUGGCGCGGCACGACGUCGGCCUGAACGACCUGGAAGGUCGCAGAUCAGACCGGUGUCAGCGUACGCUGAUCUGAAUGGGAUACUGGAUCAUCAUGAGCGGUUCCCGAGCCCAGACCCGUCGAAGCUCUCCCUCAACGGUAGAUCCUCAGGCACAGCGACACCACCUACAUCGACGUUAUCGCCUCAACCCCAACAGCAACUCCAACAGCCAGAAGACGACGGAGGGGACCCGAUCCGCACCAACGGCGGCCUCAUCUUCCACUGCACGGCUGGCAAAGACCGCACAGGCGUCCUCGCCGCCCUCAUCCUCUAUCUUUGCGGCGUCGAUAUGGAGGACAUCGCUUGGGAGUACGCCAUUACGGAGCCUGGGUUGGGGAGCUGGCGGAGGAUCUUCAUCGAUCGGAUCAGCAAGUCUGGAAUGGGCAGUGGUGGGUCGGGCAAGCCUGUCGAGCAGCAGCAACAGCAGCAGGAGCCAUCUUCUGAGCCACAAGCUGCCACCUUCAAAGAAGGGUAUCUGGACGAUGACAAAGAGAAGAGUGCCCCAACAGCAAACGGCAGCCCCGACAAGGUUGCCCCCGCGCCCCCAACAACAGCAGGCGGCGUCGCCGGCGCACAAACAGACGUCCUCACCCGCGCAGAAGCAGCUCGGAUAUGCGGUAGUCGCGCUGGCAACAUCCGUCGAUUCCUCACGCAAGUCGUGGAUGGGGAAUGGGGCGGCGUAGAGGCAUAUUUGACCGGGAUGAUUGGGCUGAGUCAGGAGGAAGUGGAGAGGUUGAAGAGCGGGCUGGUGGUUCGAGUAGAUGACGAGGAAGGGGAGGACGCGAUGGUGCGGCGGAGGGGAAUUGAGGGGUGGACGUUGGAAGGCGGGAUGGAUGACGAUCGGGAGGGCUGA